AUGGACGAAGAAUUGCAGCCUGCACUGCUUGAAGUAAUUCUCACAUAGCUCCGAUCCCAACUUUCUCAAGAGCGGCAAAAAGUGCUCACUCUUGACCAAAAACUCCGCACCCUCCAGCGUGAAAGUGCAGCAGAAAUUUCGAAGCUUCAAGCACAACUUACAGCAGAAAAAGAAAAAAGUGACCAUCUUGAAAAAUCUUUAUCAAAUGGAGCCCCAUCAGACGCUUCCGCCCUUCAGCUAGAAAACACAAUUCUUCAGUCAAAAGUUCUGUCCUUAGAAAAAGAAAUUGAAGGACUAAAAGACCACACAUUGCAAAACUACACAACCAAAGAUUCGACUAUUUAUGACUUGCAAGAAGAAAACGAGAAAUUGAAGGAAGAACUGAAAGAGUUUCAAGAAGUUUCGCUAGGGUCAAAUAAGCUUUUGAGCUUUGAAAAUGAAAAGCUUAAAAGCGAAAAUGAUGAGAUGAAAGCCAUUUUGGAAGGAUUUGAUAUACAGCUGACAGAAAAACACAAAGAGUUAGCAGAUAUCAAAGAAAAAUAUGAAGACGAAAUAGAGGCUCCAUGAUUUUUGAUUUCGUAAAAAUAUAAAAAUUCAAGCAAAUGUCUCACGAGGAAAAAAUUUCGAACAAAUGUCCCUCUAGCAAAAAGGUCCAGGAAAAAGUAUGCCCCUAAAAUAGAGACACUUAAAAACACAAACUUUAACUUAGAAGAUGCAUUAAACAGCAGAAAAAAAGAACUUAGGAAGAUGAGUGACAGGCUAAAUGAAGCUUUAGAACUGAAUGAAGAAAUUAGAGACCAGCUGAGCCACCUCGAAGAAAGGUAUAAAAAUGUUGAGCAUGAAAAUUCUGAGCUUAGAAAAGGAUUACUGUCACAUGAAAAAACUAUCCAUAAUUUGGAAACAGAAAUCUCUUGAGUGACAGAGGACGUAAAAGACGCAAAUCAACAGGAGCUUGAAAGCUUGAAAAAAUUGUGCAAUACUUUGCAAAGCCAAUUAAAACAAGUUUCAAAACAAGAAAAAAGUGCAAGUGAUCUAAAUGAAGCACUCCAAGAAGAAAUCAAAAAAAUUCAGAGUGAAAAUAACAGAAAAACUGAAGCCUUGGAAAAAGAAAAAAAAGUCCUAAACGACAGCUUAUCAAUUCUAAAAGACGAGCUUGAAAAACUCAGAAAUGAGACCUCAUCCCAAGAAAUCGCCAAAAAUAAAGCUAGAGAAGAGCAAUUAAAUGAAUUUCAAGCUUUAGUUUACAAACUAAAACAAGAAAAGUCUGAGCUUGAAAAUGAGCUCCAAGAACUUAAAGACCAGCAGGAACUGCAAAGACUUUCACUGAAUCCAUCACUUAAUGCAGACCCUUCUCUCGCAGACGAGCUUAGCCAGCUAAACGAAAGAAUUUCUAGGCGAAGCACCCCCAAAGGCAGCGCAUUUGAUUUCAGAAGAGACGAAAAAUACAUUGCUGAAAUCUCAGAAAAGGAGGCCCAAAUCACAUUUCUAAAAUCAGAAAUUUAUUCAUUAAAACGCCAAGUUGAAGAGCUCUCUACAAAUUUAAUGAAAAAUUCUCCUGAAUAUCAAGGACUUUUAGCUGAAAAAAGACGCUUGGAAACCGAGCUCUUACUUUCAAAACAAGUGUGGGCUGAAGAAAAUAACAGCUUAAGGGCCAAUCUUGAAGAAACUGAAGCAAUUGCAAUCCAAGCCAACUUGAAAUAUGCAGAAGCAGCUACAGACCGAGACAUGUAUCAAAAAAUGUACCACGACGCCAAAAAAGGCAAAAAAUCAAGUUGAUUCAGCAGAAAGACAGAAAAGCAUUAA